UUCGUUUAAAAAAAGUCGUUGAAAUCAUUGAUGUAUGGUCGACAUGGCAACCGCUCAACAAACAUGGCCAACAGCAGCGUGAGCCGCAUUAAACGAGUCUUUAUCAACAGCAUUGACACAUAUUCAUCUAAAUAUAUUGCCCAGUUUUUGUCCUCAUGUGUCGUCGGGCAAUCUCUGAAUGAUGGCGAUGAAGAGGAAAAACAGGAACAGUCUUCACAAGACGCAAGUUUUCAGAUUGUCGGAACAGUUGCGAAUAAUGAUAAGGGGAAACAAAGUUUUGCACUGGAGCAAUAUUCGUGUCUGAGUAGAGAGGAGCUCCUGCAGUGUCUAAUGCAGUGUGAUGUUAUUGUGUAUAAUAUCACUGAACACACUGAUUUCAUAGACGAGGCUUCAUGGGCCAUUUCAGCUCUGCACUCUGAAAUCGAGCAUUUCGAAGCCCCAAAAAUAUUCAUCCUUCUGUCAACGAUCAUGACAUGGGCAAUGACCAAACCUGCAGAUCCUGAUGAUUCUGAGAUCCCCUUGACUGAAGAUAAUUACAGAAGAAGAAGACCACAUCCAAACUUUAAAGAACACACAAGCACAGAGAAACUUGUGCUUAAACUGGGGAAAACUAGAAAGUCAAAGCUGGCAACUUAUGUUGUAGCGGCAGGGCUGCAGUAUGGCAUGGGAGAGAACAUGUUCCACUUCUUCUUUAAAUCAGCUUGGCUUGGAGAGCUUAGCAGCAUUCCUAUUUUUGGGCCUGGGACAAAUAUCAUUCCUACCAUUCACAUAUACGACCUUGCAAGAGUGGUUCAAAAUAUCAUCGAUCGCAAACCAAAGACAUACUACUUCAUCGCUGUGGAUGAAUCCAAUAACACUUUUGAAGACAUUGUGAAAGCCAUUGCCUCUGCCCUGGGCUCUGGUAAAACAGAAAAAGUUACCAAGGAGGAUGCCUAUGGAGCAAAGGCAUUUAUGGAAACUGACCUGCAUUAUCUGAAUGUCAAUCUUCGGGCUGAGUCUGUUUUCUUAAAAGAGAGAUUCAACCUCCGCUGGGAUUGUGAAACUGGAAUAGUUGAUAACAUAUUGCGUGUGGUGGAGGAAUACAGACAAACACGGCAACUGUUGCCAAUAAAAAUCUGUCUUCUUGGGCCCCCUGCUGUUGGAAAAAGCUCAGUUGCUGUAAAGUUGUGCAAAUAUUACAAACUUCAAUAUAUUAACGUCAAGGAAGCCAUUGAAGAGAAAAUCAGACAACUGGAGGAACAGCUUGAAGGAAAUGAGAUAAGUGAGACUGAGGAACUGCUCACUGCUGCUCAAAAAAAGCUUGAAACUCUAAAUAACAACAUGCUUCAGAAUGACGGCAAGUUGGAUGACCAACAUGUAAUACCUAUCAUAAGAGAGAGGCUAAACGCAAUACCUUGCAGGAAUCAGGGGUUUGUUCUGGAUGGCUACCCAAAGAGCUAUACGCAAGCUAAAGAUCUUUUCCAUGAUGAAAGUGUGGAGGCAGAAGAUAUCAGAUCUACAAUACCCCAAUAUAACAAGAUGUUGAUUCCAGAAUUCAUCUUCUCACUUGAUGCCACUGAUACAUUUCUUAAAGAGCGUGUUCAGAGUCUUCCACAGAGUGUAGCAGAAGAGAUGCACUAUACCCAACAUGAGUUUACAGACAAUCUUGCAAAAUUCCGGGAGGCUUCGGCAGAAGACGAGUCUGUGCUGGACUAUUUUGAUGAACUGGAAAUCCACCCUGAACACAUCGUGAUCGCCAGUGUUGAUGACUGUGAGAAUGUGGCCGUGUUGAAGAAAAUAUUUAAGACAGUGGGGCGGCCGCUAAACUACGGUUUGACCCCAGAGGAAAUGGAGGAAGAGAGGAAGAGGAAGGAAGAGGAGUGGCACCAGCAGCUCAAACAGGAUGAAACUGAGAAGGAACUCAGGGAGAUUGAGCAUAAUGCAAAAAUAACUGCUCAAAUAGAGGAAUGGAACAGGAAUGUGAUGGAGGUGAAGAAGCAGGAACAUGAGCUGUUAGAGAUGAGAUCCAUCCCCAUGAGACAUUACCUGAUGAAAUAUGUCAUGCCCACUGUCACACAAGCACUGGUGGAGUGCUGUAAGAUCAAGCCUGAUGACCCUGUGGAUUUUGUGGCUGAAUACCUCUUCAGGAACAACUCAGUUGAUUAGCCCAUUCUGCUAUACUAAUUUAACAUACAUUAAAGUCAUUUCAUGAAAA